UCUCAUUCACAAUUAUAAUAAUGUAAAGCGAAAAUGGAGCAUCCGAGCUGAUGUCAUGGUAGUUGUGUCCCUGUUAGUUUAAUUACCUAGUUGUACUCACUGUCUCUGUUAAUGUGUUUCUGUUGCCAUUUACCAUACCUAUUACCAUGUUUCUCUUGCCAUUAGGGAGUGGCGCACCCUGUCUGCCAACGAGACAAAAUACUUGGUGCAGCUGAUGCCUCCAGGUGAUGUCAUCGUGCAGGUCAUCAGAGACAUCGUCAGUUCUCAGAACAUCACCAAUGCUGGCAUCAUAUAUGAUGAGACCUUCGUGAUGGAGCAUAAGUACAAGUCACUGCUGCAGAACCUGCCAUGUCGUCACAUCAUGAUAAUGGUAGAGUCGACAGAUAACAAGGUUCGCCAGCAGACUAAACGACUCAAGGAUGCAGACAUUGUCAACUUCUUCGCAGUGGGUAGUCAGAAGACCAUAAGCAAGGUCCUUGAUGCUGCUACUGCCAAUGAUAUGUUUGGAAGGAAGUACGCCUGGUAUGCCCUCUCUAAGGAUACUGAUGACAUCCAGUGUGGGUGUGAGAACGCUUCCGUUGUAUUCAUGUGGCCACGUAUCAGCCCUGACACGCGCGGGAGGCUCACCAUGCUCCAGAAAGACUUCCAGCUCUCUGCCACUCCUGCAAUAGACUCAGCUUUCUACUUUGACUAUGCCAUCAGGGGUAUCAAGGCUGCAGCCAACUUGGCUAAGAGCGGCAAGUAUAGCAGUUUUACAUACCUGAAGUGUGAUGCCUUUAGCGAGGACAACCCUCCAGUCAGGGACGACUUUGACCUUCUCUCUGCCCUCAAGUCGGUGUCAAUGACCAACACCUUGGGCAACAUCAAGUGGGGUGGCAAUGGCAUGACUUUCAUUGACAUGACGCUCAACAUGGACAAGUUUACCAUCCUGAGAGGAAAGACAGCUGAACGUAGGUCCCUGGGUGAGUGGGCAGUCGGCCUGCCUGGCACUCUCGCCUUCAAGAGUGGCAUGUCUCUUCAAGAUUUCAAGGCAGUCACGGUGUACAGGGUGACCACAGUGCAGCAGCCGCCCUUCAUCAUGAAACGUAUGACACCUGAUGGGAAGCCUGAGUUCUAUGGCUACUGCAUUGACCUCAUCAAUGAGAUAAAGUUGAUUGUCAAAUUUGAGUAUGAGAUUUUUGAAGCUCCAGAUGGUCAAUUUGGCACAAUGAAUGACAAUCAAGAGUGGAAUGGUAUGAUCAAGCAACUUAUUGAUAAGGCAGCAGACAUUGCCUUAGCACCACUGUCAGUAAUGGCAGAGCGGGAAAAUGUGGUGGACUUCACAGUUCCAUACUAUGACUUGGUGGGCAUCACCAUCAUGAUGAAGAAGGUCAAGCUACCCACAUCUCUCUUCAAGUUCCUGACGGUGCUUGAGCCAGAGGUGUGGAUUUGCAUCCUCGUUGCCUAUGGUUUCACCAGCAUCCUCCUGUACAUCUUUGAUCGGUUCAGCCCUUACAGCUACCAGAACAACAGGGAGAAAUACAAGGAUGAUGAAGAGAAGAGAGAAUUUAACUUGAAGGAAUGUCUCUGGUUCUGCAUGACAUCGCUCACCCCCCAGGGAGGAGGAGAGGCACCCAAGAAUCUGUCUGGGCGGCUGGUGGCAGCAACUUGGUGGCUCUUUGGCUUCAUCAUCAUUGCCUCAUACACUGCUAACUUGGCUGCCUUCCUCACAGUGUCACGUUUGGAUACCCCCAUUGAAUCGCUGGAUGACCUGAGCAACCAAUACAAGGUACAGUAUGCCCCAGUGAACGGCACCUCCACCAUGACCUACUUCGAGCGGAUGGCUUAUAUCGAGAAGAAGUUCUACGAGAUUUGGAAGGAUAUGUCCCUAAAUGACUCAAUGAGUGACGUUGAGCGGGCCAAGCUUGCAGUGUGGGACUACCCUGUGAGCGACAAGUACACCAAGAUGUGGCAGUCCAUGCAGGAGGCUGGCCUUCCCAAUUCCCUUGAGGCUGCUAUUGCGAGGGUCAGGAAAUCUACCUCUACAAGUGAAGGAUUUGCUUACCUAGGUGAUGCCACAGACAUUCGUUAUCAAGUGUUGACCAACUGUGACCUGCAGAUCGUCGGUGAGGAGUUCUCUCGCAAGCCUUAUGCCAUCGCAGUCCAGCAGGGCUCCCCACUUAAGGACCAGUUCAAUGAUGCAAUCCUGAAGCUGCUGAACCAGAGAAAGCUGGAGACCCUGAAGGAGCGCUGGUGGAACCAGAACCCAGCAAAGAAAGUUUGUGAAAAGGACGAUGACCAGAGUGAUGGCAUCAGCAUCGAGAAUAUUGGUGGUGUGUUCAUCGUGAUCUUUGUGGGCAUUGGAUUGGCAUGUGUGACCUUGGCCUUUGAAUACUGGUGGUACAAGCAUCGCAAGGGACCCCAAGUCUCAGACUCAGCGAAGGUGCUCACAGUCAGAGAGUAUCCCACCAGUGACAACAAGGGCAAAUCCAACUUCACCACAGAUUACAAAAGUGGCAGAGCUGGCUACCAUAUUUCACCUGUGUCUAACCCAUGGUAGAGCACUGAUGAUGCUACCAAAUAAUGCAGUUGAUAUUCCUGUUCUUGUCGCUGCUAUAGCUAAUUCCUCUCGUGCAGACACAAGAUUAAUCUCAUUGGAAGGCAAGAACUCUUCAAAUGAUACAUGUAGUGAAGAUGAUGAUGGCAAUCAAGCAAAUGUUCUUCAGUCAUUUAUAUUCAUUGUUACCCAAGAUUUGCAGAUCCUAUUAAUGGUUUAAUGUCUGUUGGGACCUCCCUGCAGCAAUAGUUAAAAAUAUUUCCUCUGUACAUUAUAUUUUAAUAAUAAUAUGAAUUAUGCACCAAUUUCCACAGGUCUGUUUCAUUCCCAUAAAAUGUGCAAUAUAUGCAUAACUUUAUAUUUUGCAAUAUGCUCUUUAAUAUUUUCUGUUUAUGUAUGUAAUGUUGUAGAGAUAGACUUUGCUAACUUUUCCUACUUUGCCAGGAUUAUUUUGCUAAGUAAUGAGAAUUUAUAGUUAGUUUCCUAUAAAUUUGCAUAAAGUAUCUACACAUCAAAAUUAGUAUCAUGCAUCAUUAAUAAAACAUUAAGGUUCGGUAAUUAAAGCUAGGCUAAGCUUAGAAACACUUUGCUGCAUGCAAACAACUUCCACCAAAGAAGUGCUUAUAUUUGCAUAAUUGCACUGUUAUGUAGGAUUAUGUAAAUACACCCUUGAACAUUGUUAUUUUUAACACAUCUGCUGUUUCCCACAAAGACAGGGUGUCCACCCAAAAAAAAGAAACUGCAUUCACCAUCAUUCAGUAGUUAGUCUUACCUGAAGUGUGUUCUGAUAUUACUGUACUUUGAUACGUGUCAUAAAUACCAGACAACAGAACAGUAUAUAUUCGCACACCAUAAUUUGCAUGUCAGCAAUGAUGAGGGAAAUAAUUCAGUUGCUUAUGUAAUCAUUGGCCAGAUUAAGGGGCCAGCCAAGCAGCUGCCUAGGUCACUGAUUUGUAAGGACUACCAAAAACAUGAGAUCCAGGAAAAGGACUAUUAAUAAUAUAAAUAAUUCCAUACUACUGGUUUAUAUCAAUAAACAAUAUAAAUAAUUCCAUACCACUGGUUUAUAUUAUAUCACUGAAUGAGAAAACCAUCACAUACUGUAAUUGUAAUGCAACAUCUUACUUCAUAUGUUUUAGGAUUUAAUCGAGACUCAAAUUCUUGCAGGAUAUGUUCCAAAAGGUCUCAUGAAUCAGGCAUUUUCAAAUAUGUAACACGGACUGUACCCAUAUAACGGGUUUUAUUUCAGAGCUAUGUUCAUUAUGUUUCAGAGGCCACAUUUUUUCAGAUAUUAUUCUAAUUGAUUAAUGUUGGAUUUCACCAAAUAGAAUGUCCACAAAAUAAAAACAAAUGGUUUAAUGUGGAAAAUUCAUUUAGCACAUUUUAGGAUGCAAUCACUUCUAAGAAACACAAUAAGUAAUAUAAAUAUGUGAGAAUAACUAAUACUGCAGUUGAAUAUGAGUGAAAUAUUUGGUAAAAUUAUCAAGAGUAAACGUAUGGUCAGAGCCCUUGUUGAUUUAACAGUUUACCAUAUAAUAAAUUUCACAUUCUGUGGUUGAAGUUGUAACACUCUACUUUUCAUCAGCCACUUCAAGAGACAUAAUCAAAUCCUUAUAAAUUUUUAUAGUGAAAGGUAACAAUAGAUGGUGCAAAAUCCAUGCUGGCAUUGCUAGAUGCUCAGACUGCCGAGUCCUUUGAUUCGGUGGGUAUUUUCUCUGAUUACCACUGAUUCCCAGGAUAUAUACGUAGUACUUCAGUAGGUUAAUUGGUGGGUUAUUUAAAAUUUAGCAUUGUAUGAGAGCUCACGGGUUAAGAUUUGUUAUAGUAAAUGCAUGCAGGUAAGGGCAUGGCUAUAUAUCUAAUAUCCUACAAAAGCAAAAUUGUGUAGUAUUGCUUUUUAUGAGGCAAAAUUUGGGAAAAGAUAUUAGUCACAUUGUAAUUCAUGGGUAAAAUUUUUCUUUGCAGUUUUGACUUAAUGAUUAUGAGAAAUAUAAGGUACUAGUGAACCCCUCAAGAGAGUGCCUUGAUGCUGGUGAGGGGCUCUUGAUCCAAGGAAUUGGACCUAUCCUCUCUUUCCUUGGAAUGAACCUAAUUGACUCCCAUUCACCAGUGGCCUGGUGGCUAAAGCUCUCACUUCACACACUGAGGGCUCUGGUUUGAUUCCCUGCGGGUGGAAACAUUUCAACGCGUUUCCUUACACCCGUUUUCCUGUUCACCUUGCAGCAAAUAGGUACCUGAGUGUUAGUCGACUGGUGUGGGUCGCAUCCGGUGGGGGGGGGCAAAGACUGAGGACCCCAAUGGAAAUAAGUUAGACAGUCCUCGAUGACGCACUGCCUUUCUUGGGUUAUCCUGGGUGGCUAACCCUCCUGGGUUAAAAACCUAAAGAAAAUCUAAUCUCUCUUAAGGGUUUAUUGCCUUCUCCUGGUUAUAACUAAUCACUGAAAUGGCCAAAAUUGCUGUAAUAUAUAUAUAAAAUGUUAAAUAUUUAUUUACAUAUUUAUUUAUGCAUAUCCUGUAUAGGUAUUUACAAAAUUUUGCACACAAAAUUAACUUGUAAAGAAUUUUCUCUAGUUUUCGAUUUUUAUGAGUAUUUGUAAGUUACAUAUAUCCUCCCAAUGUAUAUUUAUAGAUUAUUAUUGUUAUUAUUAUUAUUUAAUGACUAGUACCUUUAAGUGGUUUCCUGAAUUGUUUGUUUCUUCCAGUUUUCAUUCAUAGAGGGAAAAAGGGAAUGAAUGCAUACCCUCAAGUCAUGCUUAUUGAAGAUGUUUCAGUCCUGGGACCUUAAUCACUUCAAAUACAGUACCUGUGUAUUUGAAGUAAACAAGGUCCAAGAGCAGAAGUCUUCAGUAAAGGUGUGCUAAGUGCAUGCAUGUGUGUCCAUUUACUGGUAACUGUCGGCAGUCACUGGCCUUCUUAUUGUAUAUUUUCAUUGAUAACCUGAGAAUGUCUCAGCUGAUUGAUUUCAGAUUUUCAAUGCUAGGGUACUGUAAUUAGGGAAAGGUACACUGAACUGUUGUAUUGACAUGUGCAGAUACAUAAUGGUCAGUUUUAUAUAUAGAGGGCCACUCUUCUGAUUAGCUUCAAACUUUCAACACUUGUAUAUACUAAGAGGGUUGGAAUUGCCCAUUUUAUUUUUAAAGUGCUGUAGAAUUACUCAACAUAAAAUAAUUUGAGUAUGCCACUUCUUGAGUGGCUGAUGCAUCCUGUGACAAGGAUGAUAUCCACUCGAGUUUUAGCUGUGUAGGUGCAAAUCUGCCAGUUUACUAACAUAGUUAAUAAAUGUGGAAUUGUUGGAUUUUUGAUAGCUGAGACUGCAUCUUGUGGUCUAUAGAAGUAUAAGUGAAAGAGUUUGGGGUAAGACCCGAAAUGCUCUGCAUAUAAAGGGGCUUUUGGCAUGUUCACCAAAUUGUUACAUUCCUUUGUACAAACACGUAUCAUGCUACAAUAAAGUUUUCAUUGUCAAGACAAGGAUUUAGGAAGGGUAGGGAAUAUGUAGACCAAGUAUCUACUGUAAGGCACAUAAAGUAACAAUAUUUAGAUAAGGAUAAGGAAUGGCUUGUCACAAUUGUAGAUUCAGGAAUGGCAUUUGGUAGAGUGAAUAGUAGAGCAAUGUGGCAGAUGUUGCAAAUGCUUGGAAUUGGUAGUACGUUUUUAAGAACAGUAAAGAGCCUUUAUGAGGAGAGUGAGGGUCAGGUUAGAGUAUAUAGAAGAGAAGGGGACUGUUUUCCAGUAAAAGUAAGCCUUAGGGAUGUAUGACGUCCCCACAGUUGUUUCCCCUGUCUUCAUAUAGAUUUAUUGUAUAUAAAUUGCAGUUAUAUGAUGUCUAAUAUCUAUCAGUAAUUUCAUAUAUGGGAUAAAUAUUUGCCAUUUGGGAUCAGUACAUUUUGUGAAGUGUACAGAAGAGCUUAAUUAUGCAGAAUUAAGUGUUGAUAGUCUGAGUGAGCUUACUGUGGCUGCCAAGGGCCUGGAACUCAUCUGCUACUUACAGCCAGGCACCUGUGUUUAUAGAUGGAGUUAUAAAAAAAGUAAUAUGAUAAAUGUUAGUGUGUUGGGCAGAGGUGUGGGGUUAAAUGUUAUGUAGCUAAAUAUUUUAUGCCAAUUGUUUAUAUAAUGUAUGGUGUAGAAUCAUUUAUAUUUGACAUAAAAAUGAAGCAUAGUAUAUAAAAUUGCAAAUAAAUUAUACUGUUUCUGUGUGGUUUUGCUAAAAUAAUCAUUGUAUUUUUCAGGUGUAUAAAUUAAGAAGCACAUGAUGUUUUACAACUUGUAAUGUUAAGCCAUAUUUCUCAUUGAAACUAAAUAAGUAUUCUUGAGUCACACACUGUAUUUGAUGGUGGCUUAACUAUAGCACUUUACUUAAGAAGCCAAUAAGAUGUUACCCAACUCUGUGUAAACAAAAACAUACAUACGUAAAGGCCUAAUUUUUUUAACAUGAGCUGUUUCCUUGCAAGGAAGAGUGACCAAAAAAAGGAAGUACAUUCACCAUCAUUCAUUCCAUAGAUGUCUUUCCAGAAGUGUGUAAACCUCACAAUGUACAGUGGACUCCCGGUUAUCGGCUGUAAUCCAUUCCAGAAGGGUGGCCGAUAACUGAAUUAAUAUUUCCCAUAAGAAUUAAUGGAAAUACAAUUAAUUCAUUCCAAACAAAAAUAUCCACAAAAAAAUAUUUUUUUUUAACAAUUAUGUAAGUAUUAUAUACCUUUAGUGAAGGCUAAUGCUGGCUUCUGGAAGAUAGGGAGGAGGAAAGAGGGAGGAGUUAGUGUUUGGAAGGGAAAUCCCCCUCCAUAAAGACUAGGUAGCAAAGCCUUCCCUGGGGUUAAAUCCCUUCUCUGUCUUUUAUUGCCACUAGGACCAGCUUGAGAGUCACUGGACCCCUGUCUCACAAAAUAACUGUCCAAAGUGCUCUGUUUCUGGCAUCUCUUUAAGAUUUCCCUGAAGUGGGACAGGGUUUUGUCACUAAACAUGUUGCAGAUAUAGCUUGUUUCAGCUUUGUCAGGGUGGUGUUUCUCUACAAAAGCUUGCACCCUAGUCCACAUUGCACACACCUCUUUAAUCUCUGAAGAAGGCACCUCCUUCACUCCCUCUUCCUCUUCCUCUGAAGCAAGUUCCUCAGCUGCAGUCUGUUGCUGUUUGAGAUGAAUCUCUUGCAGCUCUUCAGUGGUUAGCUCUUCUCUGUGGUCCUCCACCAACUCUUCCACAUCCUCACCACUCACCUCCAACCCCAGGGACUUCCCCAGUGCCACAAUAGAGUGCACAGGGUUGGCAGGGUCAGAGUCAGCCUCAAACCCUUCAAAAUCCCUCUCUUGGACACAAUCUGGCCACAGUUUUCUUCAAGAAGAGUUCAAAGUCCUGGAAGUCACUCCCUCCCAAACCUUACCUAUUAUGCUUAUGCAAUGGAGGAUAGUGAAGUGAUUCCUCCAGAAUUCUCUUAGGGUCAACUGAGUGAAGUCACUUCAAAGCACUUUUGAAACACUGCUUUUGUGUAGUGUUUUUUGAAGUUAAAAUGACCUGCUGGUCCAUGGGCUGGAGGAGAGGAGUGGUGUUAGGAGACAAGAACUUCACUGUGAUGAAACUGAAGUCCCUAAACACUUGGUCUUGCAAGUCUGGAGGAUGUGCAGGAGCAUUGUCCAGUACCAGGAGACACUUGAGUGGCAAUUUCUUUUCCAGGAGGUAUUUUUUCACACUUGGGCCAAACACAUCAUUAACCUACUCUUUGAAAAUUUGUCUUGUGACCCAUGUCUUAUGAUUAGUUUUCCACAUCACACACGAUCUAUUCUUCAUGACAUUGUUUUUCUUGAACACACUGGGAUUUUCUGAGUGAUACAUGAGUAAAAGCUUUACUCUGAAAGUGUCCCCUCAUGGAAGGUUCCUUGAUGUUGGUGAGGGGCUCUUGAUUUAGGGAAUUGAAUCUGUGCUCCAGUUCCCCGAAUUAAGCCUGAAUGCCUUCCACAUCCCCCCCUGGGCGCUGUAUAAUCCUACGGGUUUAGCGCUUCCCCCUUGAUUAUAAUAAUAAUCUGAAAUCCCCACUAGCAUUACCACACAACAAAAGAGUAAGCCUGUCUUUCAUAGGCUUGUGUCCUGGCAGUGCCUUUUCCUCCUGGGUAAUGUAGGUCCUGUUUGGCAUUUUCUUCCAAAACAGGCCUGUUUAAUCACAACUGAACACUUGUUGGGGUUCGAAUCCUUCAGCCUUUACAUAGUCCUGGAAUUCAUGAACAUACUUUUCAGCUGCACAUUUGUCAGAACUUGCCGCCUCACCAUGCCUUACAACACUGUGUAUGCCACUACGCUUCUUAAAUUUAUCAAACCAUUCUUUGCUGGCCCUAAAUUCACAAACUGCAGCACUUGUUCCAGGCAUUUUCUUUGCAAGAUCCUCAUAACAACUGCUUUCCCUUCUCACAAAUGAUCGACUCCACAACACUUGUCUCCCACUAAUUCUUUUUCCAUAAUCCACAAUAUUAUUAUUAUUA